AUGGCAGCACGGAUGCAUAGGCUAGAGGUUCGCAAUGAGAGUCAGGCAGUGGCUAUUGCCAAGCUCAAGAGGCAAUUGCGUGAGCUGCUGCUUUCCCGUACUCCACAGCAUGGCGUUGACGGUGAUGCUACAGGGGAGGAACAUGGUCAUGUGGGAGGGGACGGAGGACCUAGUGAACCUGCAAAUGUGGAAGUCAUGGGAGGGGACAAUGCUGGCACUCAUGAUAGCAUGAGAGGUGCACAUGGUGAGGGUUCUGUGGCUGACGUUGACACACAGCCUAGUGGAAAUGUCAAUAUGCGUGACGACAAUGGGGAGGGUGCUAUGGCUGACAGUGCGAGGAGUGACAAUGAGAAGCUGGGGGUGCGUGAUGAAGGUGCCGAAGGCUUGUUGGGUACUACGGAUGGUAACCCUGGUUCUAGAGGGGCCGUGGGUACUGGGCAUGGUGUGACAGCCUCGAACGUGGAUGUGGAUUUGGUGUCCGCACACAGCACAGGGACUGAGACGACGAGUCACAACACUACGCGUGGUCAAGCUCCUAGCUCACGUUAUACUGGUAUAAGCAAACGGGAAGGUCAGUGGGCGGUGCGUAGACAGCGCUAA